AUGAUCAGUGCCACUAAGCGCUGGUUCCGGCGCAAUCGCAAGGGCCUUGCGAUCGGAGCUGGCGUGAUCGGAGCGGGCUAUCUCGCAGGCCAGUACCUGCUGUCCAAGAUCUCAGAGGCGCGCGAGCGCAUGAGUAGUGACCGCAUUGCUCGGGAGAACUUGCGGCGACGCUUCGAACAAAACCAGACCGACUGUACCUAUACUGUGCUAGCCCUACUACCGACGGCGGCGGAGGAUAUUCUCGAGGCACUUCCCGUGGAAGAAUUGACCAAGGAGCUCCAGAAGAAGCGUGCAGAACGACUGGCUCGUCUUAACGCUGGCGAAGGAACAGGCUCGGAUCUAAGCUCGGUGGGCCCCAGUAUAACGGAUGAUGAUCGGCGUAGCUUGUCUAGCUUCCAAAGCGAUGGCUUUGUCCGUACGAGUCAAUUAGAGGAGUCGACCAUCGAGGGGGGUGGCUCAUCACGUCCGAAGCGAAACAAGACCCAGCUGUGGAACGAGGUCAAGAUAACCUCUAUCACUAGGUCGUUUACGCUCAUCUAUACCCUGACCUUGCUGACCAUCUUCACUCGAAUUCAACUUAACCUGCUCGGCCGACGCAACUACCUCUCCAGCGUAAUCUCCAUGGCCACACCCCCUGCGGAUGGUUCAACUAUUCGACUUGAGGAUCACGAUGAUGACGACCUCACGCAAACACUUGGACAUGACUUUGAGACAAAUCGGAGAUACCUUGCCUUCAGUUGGUGGCUGCUUCACCGAGGCUGGAAGCAGUUGAUGGAGGAGGUGCAGGCCGCCGUGACGGAGGUGUUUGGACCUUUGAAUCCCCGGGAGGACAUCUCGCUGAGCAAGCUGUCGGAAUUGAUCCUGCAAGUCCGUGGGAAGAUAGAGGGCAAGACCGAGGAGGACAGGAAGUACGAGUCCGGGGUUCUUGGAGUGACGGAACCCGCGACACUUCAGACAACAGCGUCGCUGCGCCAUCUCCUGGACGAGACGGCCGAUCUGAUCGACUCUCCGACUUUCAUUCGUGUUAUGUUACUCCUCAACAACGAAUGCUUCCAAACUCUAAUUGACCAAUGCAAGGCCGAUGCGUUCAAAUCGUCCACGCAGGUGCCCACAUCUGUUCCUCAGUCCUUCGACUCGGUCGCCACGGUCGUCCCCGCGGCUGACGGCUCCGACACGAAAACGAAGCUGGCAAAUGUGUUGGCCGUCCUGGCUCGACAAGCCCAUGUGAUCGGAAAUGGGACAGCUCCCCCAAACCUGUAUCUGACCUCCAUUGAACAGGGGGGCCACAUUGAAGCGCUCACAUCAGAUCUUCCUCCUCUCACCACAACCACGGAGCGCAGGCUCAUGGCCAAGAUUGACUGGCACAUCGUCCCGUGUCUCUGCGUCCUGUAUCUGCUUGCUUUCCUGGAUCGUGUCAACAUCAGCAAUGCGGCCGUACUCGGGCUCGAGACGGACCUCAACAUCGCUACGGGGACGAAGUACAAUACCGCGCUCACUAUAUUCUUUGUGCCCUACGUUAUAUUCGAAAUUCCAUCCAAUAUCUUGCUGAAGAAGUUGAAACCUCAUGUAUGGUUGUCUUUUUGUAUGUUCGGGUUCGGCCUCGUCACGAUAUGUCAGGGCUUAGUCUCAAACUGGGGUGGACUGAUGACUACACGCUGGUUCCUGGGAAUGUUUGAAACGGGCAUGUUCCCUGGAUGCUUCUAUCUUUUGGGCAUGUGGUAUAAGCGCAGUGAGGCACAGAAGCGCUUUAGCUUUUUCUUCAGCUCGACCACGCUAGCGGGCGCCUUCGGCGGACUGCUUGCCAGCGGUCUAGGAAAGAUGGCCGGACUUCGAGGCUACGGGGGCUGGCGGUGGGUUUUCAUUAUCGAGGGAGUUAUCACCUGCGUGGUUGCCAUUGUCUGGUUCUUUAUCAUCCCGGGGUUCCCAGAGGAUGUCAAGUGGCUUAAUGAGGAAGAGCGAACGUACAUACGGGCUAAGCUGGCCCGUGAUGCAGGGAAAGCUGGGCACGAUGCUCGUAUGGGUUGUCGCGAUGUGUUGGCCGUCUUCAAGGACUGUAAACAAGAUCUUCCUUGGCGGGUUUAUGUACUUCGGGCAGGUUGUCACAGCAUAUGGAUAUGCUUUCUUCGCCCCGACUAUUAUCAAGACCUAUGGCUACGGAACUUUUCUGCGUUUGCAUUCUCGAUGGUGAUCGCAACGUUUUCUGAUCUAACCAGACAUCGGCUGGCUUUCACUUUGAUUCCUACAGCAAUUGCUAUGGCUGGAUUUGGAAUACUAUUGAAUGUGCACGGAGAGGCUCAUCGACACGUCCAAUACGGCGCGCUCUUCAUGGUGACCUGUGGCUGCUAUAGUGCGAUGCCGGUUAUUGUAUGUUGGUUUGCUAUGAACCUAGGGGGUCAUCGCAGGCGCAGCGUGGGCACGGCAUGGCAGGUUGGGUUCGGGAACACGGGAGGUAUCAUCUCCACAUAUGCAUUCCUAGCCAAAGAUGCGCCUGAGUAUCGGAAUGGCUACAUUAUUAGUCUGUCCUUCAUCUGCUUCUCCGCGGCCUGCUGCAUUGGAUACUUUGUGGCUCUCUGGGCGGAGAACAAGCGACGAGACCGGGUCAUGGCCAAUGGCGCCCCCGCGGAGCUGCGAGAAGAUGAAGAACAGGACCAGGGAGAUCUGGCGGUGACCUACCGUUACGGCUAUUAA